GAAAUAGAUCACUGUGACAUGCACUAAUGUUUGUUCAGUUUGUAAAUUGAUACCACUUUCAAAUAAACACAAUGACUACAAGCUGACAAGAGACCAUAUUUUAAACAUCAGAACAUUGUGAAACACAGCCGCAAAAGCAGAAAAUUACUUAAUAAAAGGGUUCCAUUCAUGCCUGAUAAAGAACAUGGCAUCACAAGGACACAAUUGCACAGCAGUAGUUGUUUCAGUAGUCCUAACCAUACUCCUGCAUAGUCAUGGCCUAUCAACUAUGCUUCUUCAUGGUAGAGCUGAAAGGGACAUUGGGCAGACCAGCUAUAGCACUAGAAACAACUUUACUGGAGACAACACUCUUCAUGAACAUCUCCAACAAAAUAAAGAUGAUAAUUCAAAACAACUUUUAGAACAGACUGGCAAUGUUGAAAAAGUACAUUCUAAUUUGUGCCCAGGGGAGUGCACAUGUAACACUAACAGUGAGAAUCAAGGGUUAUAUGUAGAUUGUAGGGCAAGAUCAUUAAAUGCAAUUCCUCGGCUGCCCAGAAACACACGCAUUGUGGACCUUUCUCACAACAGAAUUGCUGAUAUUACACCAGGAAUAUUUGCUGGGCUUGAACAACUGUCUGUUAUCAACAUUCAAAGUAAUGAAAUACAAUAUCUUACAAAUGAAACUUUUGGUUCUAUUCCAAAUUUGACAAGACUUAUCCUGAGUGAUCUCAAACUGAAACGUAUAGCUGAAUGCACAUUUUGUAAAUUGGAUAAUCUACGGGAAUUAGAUUUAAGCUAUAAUCGCCAUCUGACAAUGCGAAUGACUUCACCUUUAGUCAAAGCCUUUAAAGGAAUAUCAAGGAAGAUAGAAUCGCUAAACAUAGCAAGAGUAAACAUAAGGAAUGAUAGGAACACAUUUGUUCUGCAAAGGCACUUUUUCAAAGGUUUGCAAUCUACAAAACUUAAAACACUGGAUAUCAGUGGAAAUAAUUUAGCAAUAUUAAUGCCAGGAUUUAGCUUUAAUCUCAAUUCUAUAGAACAUAUUAAAAUAGCCAUGAACUAUAUUGUUAAUAUACCAUAUAUAGACAUUUUGACAAUUUCAAAGACCAUACGUACAUUUGAUGCUAGUUACCAAUCCUACCCAAGAGAUAGAAAUAUGGGGCCUCUUCAAAUACGUUCUCGUAAGAAGAGAGACGUUCUUCAGAUGCCUUUGAUAUUUCCAAAGAAACUACAAAAGAGAGAUUCUCAAGCAUUGUUUGAACAUUGCUCAGAAAUGUGGCCAGCGCCACCACAUUUGGAGGAGCUUUAUCUUCAUCAUUUAAGCCGUGGCAUUGACGCAGUCCACAGAUACACUUGUCUUGGUGACAAUUCAUUGAGGAUUGCAGAUAUUUCAUUUGCUAACAUUUUCAAAUGGAACGGUCCAAUUAUUGGAUUGAACAAGCUGCAAUAUCUUUACAUGCAAGGAAAUUUCUUCAAUUAUUUUGCUCUAGAUGGUUUUGACUAUCUUCCACGUUUAGAGGCCUUAUAUUUGAGCCAGAACAACAUGGGGAAUUUGGUGAUAAACCAUGAUUCAGAAGGACGUUUAUUUGCCAAUCUGACAACAAUGAAAACCUUAGAUAUCGCAGCUAAUAAUAUUGAAUAUAUGUCGGAGAAUGCCAUAUUUAACAUGGUAAAUCUGUCAAAUUUAAAUAUGAGUUUUAAUCAAAUAUAUAACUUCUCUCUCGAUUUAUCAAGACACAAUAACAUUAAAAACAUUAACUUGUCUCAUAAUGAAAUACAUUUGAUUGCGGCAAAACAAAGACAAAUGCUGGAUGAUUUAAAAAAACGUACAAACUACACACUUGAUCUAACUGGGAAUGCAUUAACAUGUGGCUGUGGUGAAUCUUUGUUAUCACUUAAAUGGAUGACAGCUUUGGAAAGGCGGGAAAUGUUCCCAGGUUUCUUUGAGUACAAAUGCGUUUUUGACAAUGGUUCUGUUUUGGCUUUUGAUCAGAUAAAUGUAGAGGAACUUUGGAAUGAUUGCCACAGGGUUGACAUGACACCAUAUGUUAUCAGUGGUUCUUUAUUGCUCUGUAUUAUAAUGGUUCUUGCAAUUGGAAAGCUUGUGCAUUACAAUAGAUGGACCUUACGAUAUUGGUACUAUGUCCUCCGGAAGUCAUACAGACAAAAACGACUCAUGGAAAUGCAUAAUGAAGUCAUCAUUGAAUAUGAUGCAUUUGUGUCAUUUCAUGCUGAUAGCACACAAUGGGUUGUUGAUGAUCUUUGUUCAUUUGAACGUGACAAUGACUUCCAAUUCUGUAUUCAUUUAAGAGACUGGAUGCCAGGGACCUACAUCCAGGAAAACAUAGUUCAGUCAGUAGAUAAAAGUCGUAAGACAUUGCUCUUGGUCACAAAAGAGUUUUCCACGAGUCAGUAUUGUUUGUAUGAAAUGUACAUGGCAAGAAAUGUUCUUUUUGACAAAGGGGUUGAUGUUUUAGUGCUUAUUCUACUCGACCCAGCUGAGGUCAUUCUAGCUCAGCCAAUAAACAAAGUGUUGAAACAUUUGAUUCAGAGGAAAAGUUAUAUUCAAUGGCCAGGAACUCAUUUCUGGUCUAAUCUCAAGGCUGCAUUAGCUCAAGAUGAAGUUAGACCCCUAACUGCUUAAGAUGGGCAAAGUCUGACAACUUUUGGACCUUUAUGUGUAUUAACGCUUUGGAUGAUCAAGCUCCCCUAUUUAAAAAAGUCCAAUAUACGCAGAUCAGAUCUCAUCAGAACUACCUUGCCUCCAUCCUCUUCUCCAUUCUCAUGAUGUUCUCUGUUCAGACGAACACAUAUUAUAUACUUCACAACUUAUUGGUUGGAGUUAUCUUGUUGUACAUGUACUAUAUUCUUACUACUCUCCACAUUAGGUGAUACAUGUAUGUUAUCCAAAUACUCUUUAGACUUAAACUCUUAGACAUUUUACCACAAAGCCAUUUCACCUCAGAUUGUCACCCUAGGAUGUUUUGUCCCAGGAUAUUAAUUACUCCACCUUGAUGUAUCCCCCUCCAAAUAAAGUAUAUAAACCUUUUUGAAAAUUAAUUUUAAGAGAAUACAUGUAGAUGAAUAUAUAGAUGUAUUGGGUAUUUGGUUUGAUAAAACAUAAAAAUCAGACGAUGCUGGCCUUCAGGAGCAUCACUCUGCCAACCAAUGAGAGCACAGACCAUGAUAGUGCAAUAACCUUUUUGUAACAUACUCAUACUUAUAUUGAGUCCCAAAAAAUGCAAUGAUCUCUUACAAAUAUUUAACAUCCA